UCAUUCAACUCUAGAGGGACACGUGCCACAGUCCCGUACGAACUGAACAAACUUGGUGGUGAUGAUUUUGUAACCAGUAAGAACCCGUCCGCUCCGAUUGUUUUUCGGUUUAAGUUUCAUUCUGUGUUUUGCCCUAGAGGGAAGCGUACAUGUUAGAAGGAUCCACCUAUUGUCAUGGCAAAGCUGCAAACAAUCAGCGAAGCAGAGAUUCAGGAGAUAAGCAGCACGGUGAAGUCACGAGUAGUCACAGAAGUGGUGACACAGAUUCAGGACAUGCUUGGACAGCUGAAGUCCGCCACUCUAGAGAUUGCAGUCACAGGAGAGUCUGGCUCAGGGAAGUCCUCCUUCAUCAAUGCUUUCCGGGGAAUGGGAGAUGAAGACCCAGAAGCAGCAAGAACUGGUGUCACAGAGACGACCGGGGAGAUUAUGGCCUAUGCCCACCCUACUGUUCCCACUGUUCGACUUUGGGAUCUGCCAGGCAUUGGAACACCUUCUUUUCAGCCCCAGCAUUACUUAGAGGCUGUGCGUCUAUACCAGUAUGAUUUCUUCAUCAUUGUGACAUCUGAGCGAUUUAGAGAAUGUCAUGUGAUUCUGGCAAAAUAUGUGGCGCAAGCAGGGAAAAGGUUCUACUUUGUACGCAACAAAGUUGACAACGAUGUAGCAGCAACAGCUCGGCGUAGAGGUGGGGACUCCUCUACUGUUUUGAAUCAGAUCAGGACCAACUGUGAAGCAGGGCUUAGGCAAUGUGGGGUUGACCAUCCACGGGUUUUCUUAAUCUCAAGCUUUGAGCCACAGUGCUUUGACUUCCCUCAGCUGCAGAAAACACUGGUAAGUGAGCUGGAGGGCCACAAACGCCAUAUCUUCCUCCUGGCGCUGCCCAAUCUCACCUCUGCUGUGCUGAAGAACAAGAGACAGGCACUAUCUGGAAGCUUGUGGAGAACAGCCAUGGCAGCAUGUCUAGGAGCCAUGACACCAGGAGGUGCUAUGUGCAGUAGUGUCCCUCUGCUUAUGGAUACAUUGCGGUCCUACCAGCAGAACUUUGGCCUAGACACCAAUUCCUUGCAUCGUCUGGCGGGCCUUACAGGAAAGUCAUACGAGGAGUUGCGCAGAGAGGUGCGCUCCACCUCAGGUCAAGAGCUGUCGAUGGAUGGUGUAGAAAGGAUGCUUUCGCAGGCUGCAAUGGGUCAGCAGGUUCUGGCUGGGAUGUUGGAGAAUCGGAUCCCAGUUCUUGGCACCGUUGCUUCAGGAGGGGUCUCCUUCAUUGCCUCCUACUGUCUUCUGCGAUCUGCAAUUAAUGACCUGAGUGAGGAUGCUGAGAGGGUGAUGCGCAAAGCCUUGAAUGGGUCCGACUUGGAGUAUCCAGAAUACCAGGAAGAUGUUCCAGAUCCAGGAGAAUUCUACUAGGACUGCUUAAGCUAAAAUCAAUGUUGAUACCUGUCCAAAUAAGUUGGGUUUGCUGGAAUCUAAAUGUGUCCAUGUCUAAGUGGAAAUAUAUCUUAAUUUAGCCUGUGGGAAAAUGGCAGGAGGUAUACCAAUGCAUAUUUCACACAAAUCAGUGCUAUACUAUUUGCUACAACUAUAGUUAAAUGAUAUGCAGUAUAUGUAUACAAAACAUACAUGAAAAUGACCAAAUACAUAGCUUUGAAUGUGACAUGGUUCAAAGUAAUGUCUUUGUUUACACUCUAUUUUGUCUAAAAUAUGAUAACGUGAACAUUCUUUUAGUGAACCAGUUGAGAUGCUUCCUAACUGUCACUGAGCACCAGCAAAAUGAAAUGUUUCAAGUACCUCUACAUAUUACAAAAUGGCAAAGAAUUGUCUUCACAGCAAAACAAAAUUCCUUAUGCAGCACAGCUGCCUUAAGCAGUAAGAUGGUUAAAAUUCACAGCUGAUGACAAUCAGACGAAACGUUCCUUCAGGUGUGUGUGAAACUGAAGAAAAAACAAAAGCAUUCUUUGUUGAUACAUAGCA